ACUUAGGUUCUCUUAAAGUGAAAGUGCAUGGGUGCUCAAAAACAUUUCAACAAGAAAGUUAACUUUAGUCUUAAAUAAUUUCAAACUUUUAUAAAAUUACCAAGGCUACUUACAGUAAUAUAAAGCAUCAUGAGUCUGUCCAAAGUUCUCCCUGAAGACUAUGGUCUGGUGGUCAUGACAGGGGCAGGAAGCAUCUUUGUUAAUAUGUGGCACGCUAUGAAUGUGGCAAAUGCCCGUAAGAAGUUUGAGGUUCCGUAUCCUCUAACAUACAGUCCUGUCAACAAUGGAGAGAACCAGUUCAACUGCAUCCAAAGGUCUCACCAAAACUUCCUUGAAAAUUAUCCUCCAUUUUUAAUGCUCCUUUUCCUUGGUGGACUGCAGUAUCCAAAAAUCAGUGCUGGCAUGGGUACCGUGUACUUGGUGGGUCGUAUAGUGUAUGCACUUGGUUAUAAUACUGGAGAUCCCACGAAACGUGUUGCAGGAGAAAGAAUCUAUGGAUUCCCGCUUCUUAUUUUGAUUGGUAAUACACUCUCAUUGGGAUAUCACUUGAUUCACGAACAGGGAUUCAACUGGCCUUUUAAAAAUUGAGGAUCAUGCUGUUUUUUUGCAGAAGAACACAGCAAGGGUUGGAUUUGUAGACUUACGCUAGACUUAAUCAUUCCAACAGAAGACUGACAUACAGGAAGGCAUUUUAUUUAAAAUACAAACAUGACGAACAAAUACCAGUUUCAUUUUGCUGAAAGAAAUACUUCAAGUAAAAGGACAAGCCCAUAGGCAGCUUGUUACAAAAUGGCUAAAUGUUUUAAAAGCUCAGCCUCCUAAUUAAUAAUUUUAAAGAUUACCAAAACGCGACAGGCUUUAUCAAGAUGUAUGUUGUCUUUUCUACAUAUUGCAGUGCAGAGUGCAUGCUUUUCUUUUAGUUAAAAUAGGCUUUUGCCAUUAGAAAUAAAGUAACAUUUACUUGCAUUCUGCAUUGAAUGUCCUUUGGAAUUAAAUGUGUUCAUUAUUGUGAUAAUUUGGAGUUUUGCCAAUCAUGAUGCAAGUUUAAAUUUAAAAAAAAAAUUCCACUUUAACUGCUUUUCUCAUCAAGUACUGACUAAAGUGUGAUUCUCCAUGUGGUGUUUGUUUCAUAUAUCAUCAGCUAAUGUUCAUUUAACAACCUUUGUACGUUUUCAUAGUGAUAUAGUAAAUCAUAGUAAUAAAAUUUUA